GUAAUUGGGGAUGUGGUCCGCGGAGCUGAGGGGAAAGUUUGUAGAGAGCGAGUGAGCGGCCCAGCAGGCUGAUUAACACCGACUUCCUUCCUCUGCGUGGAUCAUGGAGCUGAUGGAUUAUAGCACAUGCGCGCCAAACACUUUGUGGAACAAACAAGUUUAAUCCAGGAAAAGUGCGCUGGAAGUCAAAGCACACGCCGAGGUUUAAAGAUGAAGGAUGUAACGGGGCUGUUUGUUGCCGUGUUGUUGAUUCUGCUGGAAACAGCCGGCGGGACGAAGCCGAACAGCGGCUACUGCUUUGGGAACCAGUGUUUCGCUGUGAUCAAGGACCCGAGCGAUUUCACAACAGCCCAGAAACAAUGCAGUGACAACCGCGGUCACUUAAUGACCGUGCGCUCCUCCGUGUCACACGAUAUGCUUUACAUCUUGUUGGGAAACACAACAUGGCGGUUCUGGAUCGGUUUGCAUCUGAGCAGCGGCUGUCCAGACUCGGACCCUGCUGCUGCGGAUGGACUCAGAGGUUUCCAGUGGGUCACCAAAGACGGUCAGAGCGACUUCUCCAACUGGGCGCCAAGUUUUGACAGCAGCUGCUCUGCUCAUCGCUGCGUCUCAGUUUCCAGAGAGAACGACUUUAAAUGGACCCAGGAGCCAUGUGGCGGGCAGGCGCUCGGGUUUCUCUGCGAGUACAGCUUCACUGAGCCGUGCAAAAGCCUCCCGGCUGCAGAGGGUGAGUCCGUCACCUACAUGACCCCCAUGGGACUUGGAGGAGAGGACUUGCUGUCUCUGCCUCCUGGAAGCAUCGCCACCCGCGUGCCAUCAGAGACUAAAUACGUGUGUUUCUCUCAGCAGUGGCUGCAGGCGCCGUGGAACUGUGAGAUCGCAGAGGGCGGCUGCGAGUACAAAUGCGCAGUGGACCCUAAACACGUUCCCUCGUGUUACUGUCCCACGGGACAAAACGUCAGCCCCGAAAACCAAGUCACCUGCGAGGUGCUGCCGGAUCACCCGUGCCUAAACCUGCGCUGCGAGCACGCCUGCUACCAGAACGGGGACGUCUUCGCGUGCACGUGCGACCACGGCUUCAAGCUGGCGGCGGACGGCCACUCGUGCGUGGACGUAAACGACUGCACGGAUGAGCGGCAGUGUCCCGGCGAGGAGUUUGUGUGCGUAAACACCGUGGGCGGGUUCAUGUGCGUGUGCAAGGAUGGAUACAGGAGCAGUGGCGCGCUGUGCACGGAUGAGAACGAGUGCGCGGCCGCGCCGUGCGAGCACAUGUGCACCAACACUCCCGGCAGCUACACGUGCUCGUGUUAUCCCGGGUAUCAAGUGGACCCGCAGGACCUGCACAGGUGUAAGCUUCACUGCGGGGAGGAGGAGUGCGCUGCCGAGUGCGACCCCAACGACCCGUUCCAAUGCUACUGUCCCGACGGUUACGUUGCGGAGGAGAGAGGAAAUCGAACCUUCUGCUUAGACAUAGACGAGUGUGAAUCCUAUUACUGUGACCAAGGGUGUGAAAACACAUACGGUGGCUACCUGUGCUCGUGCAAUCGUGGAUACAGGCUGGUGGGUGAGUACAGGUGCGAAAUAAUCGAAGGUUAUGUAGAUACGUCGACUCCUCCUCCUCCUCCAACAACAACAACAACAACAACAACAGCGUAUGUACCCCCCACGAGGAGACCUUCAGGAGUGUCAACCGGAGCUUUCGUCGCAAUCAUCAUGUUCACCACCUUCUUCAUCGUGCUGGUGGUUUGUCUGCUGCAUCACCUGCUCAACCGCACAGGGAAGAUGCAGAGCGCAGGCGCGCUCAAGGCUCACGAGGGCGAGGAUCACGGCUUACACCACGUGACGAGUGACACUUAACAUGAACAUUGUGUGUGUGGGGGGGGGGGGGGGGGAGAUAAAGAAAGUGAAUGUAAGGCCCUGCACAGACACUUCAGGGGGCUGGGGCUCAAGUGAAUGAAUGGCGCCCUCAUAAUUAUGAAUAAGGGGAAAAAUAACACAACAGUGGCAAAUUUUGUACUUUGAUAUUGAGCUAAAUCAUUUCAGGGAAUAAAUAGAUAAUUGCAUUUUUUUUUUCUGUCAGGUACAGCACAAAAAAAUCAUACGUCAGAUAUUGCUGUGUAACAGAGUUAGAACAUGACGCAGCAUUCCCACAAGAUACUGAUGUAAUGCAAGGAUUAGAUUAGACUUAGUUUAACUGUGUUUACGUGUAAAAAAAAAAAGUUCAGAUUGGAAUUUACAAUUGCGUUAUUUACAUGGACGCAAAAUGAAAUGAUCCGAUUGUGGCGUGCGUACGGACUCGUGCACUAAGUAUUUUUGGCCUGUGCAGUGUUCAGUCGAAUUCAGUCGACUUCUUCUUCUUCUGCUUCCACAGUAAACAAUAGCUACUGUUUCUCACAUGCAAGUAUUCAGCUUUUGGAGAGAGUGUCGUCACCUCCCACUUCUAAGAGUAAUUGCCUCUGAACACAAUCUGUAAUCGAUCAGACCAAUGAUCAGACUGACGUGUACAGUGAUGGCGCCAGGGGUUUGUGAUUGCCCCCCCUCCCCCCCCCUUUUUUUUUAGGAGAUUCUGUUAGUCGGACAAAACGGCGUCUGCAGAGCAAAAUGACAUCACUGGCAGAUUUGUCCGAGUUCAGGUUCAGGUUUUCAUAAAACACAGAACAAGUCAAAAAUAGAAGGAUUCAACGAGCAGAUCGGUGUAAAUAAAUGGCCGCUGUCCUGCCGAAAUGAUACUUGAAUGCAAUUUUUUUUUACAAGAGAUGUCAAUUCCAGUACAGUCGUUUAACAUAAACGUCAAAUCUGUUAAAAAAUCUGAUCAUGUCCAACAAUUUCAAAGGCAUAAUUCUCCAACUGUGUCGCAAACAUUAAACGAAGAUAUAAGCUGCCCAUAACAUGACAUGUUUACAGUCUGUGCAGAGCAAAACAGGGAUUAGAUUAUAUUAUAUUAUAUUAUAUUAUAGGGAUUUUGGAAUUUGAGGCUUGAGCACCACAUGGGGGUCGAUGUGUGAAUGUACAUCUGAGCGGUACGGAGACACAGAUGUGCUGAGGUCAUAGGUCACUAUAAUAAACUCAGAUAAAAAAACAAGCGCACAUACACAACACAACAGCUAAAGGUUUUGUUGAACUCACUGCAGUUUCAUGCAACAGAUCCAGUGAAAUAAAAACCACAUGGAACUUUU